CACAGUCUGGGAUCAUCGAUCGAUUGUGCUUCUAACUCCUCCCGCUCCUACACGCAUUGCGAAACACGCAAUCCACAGGGAGCCUAUAUAAGCUCUGACAGUUGUCAAGUGGAGGACACUGGCUGUUUGCACUCCGGAGCGACGCAAUUUUGGGGGAUUUACAGCACUAGAUACCCAAAUAGUAACAAUGUCUCAUGCAUGGGGAUACGCACCGGACAAUGGUGAGGCGCUUGUGCUCUGUUCUUAUCAUGACAUUAAAAGGGACCUGUAGUACAGCAUAUACUGUCCGAUGAAUGAAUGAAAACACAACGGUCAUGCAUUGAUGAAUCAUUGUCUACAUGUAUUUUUAUGCAUCCCUCUUUGACAUUGCUAUUAGGCUACCGUGCGUCAUAACAAUCUCACCCCGUUACAGCGAGCUGCAAGAUUAUCGAAAAUAUUCUAUGUCAUUGGAAAGCAAUAAUUGACGUAGACUACAUUUUUGACAGAUACUGUAUUAUUGUCUCCAAAUGCAAUGUCCCCACUGUCAUUAUAGGACCCGACAAAUGGUGUGAAGGCUUCCCAAUUGCCAACGGACCCCGCCAGUCUCCCAUUGACAUUGUACCUGGGGAGGCUGCCUUCGACGCAGCCUUGAAGGCGCUCACGUUGAAGUACGACCCUUCCACCUCCAUUGACAUUCUCAACAACGGACAUUCCUUUCAAGUGACCUACGCCGACGACAACGACAACUCAAGUUAGUGUCAAUCUUUAUGCAUGCGUCAUGACAGGUGUCUCGAAAUGGUAUCUUGCAGUUGUGGAUACUUUGUGCACUUCUUUAACAUUAAUAAUUCAUACAUUUAUACAUUUACAAAGUAACAAAUAUUAUAACAAAUAUUAUCGUCAUGGAAUAGGGCUGGAUGAGACUAUAUUCAUUCACUACCCACACUAUGACAUGAAAACAAUAGUAGGUAAUGGAAUUGGUAACGCAACCCCUCACAAACCUUUCCCUGCACGUAAAACCUUUAGACUGGAAGAGGGGUCAUUAGCGCAAAAAAGGAGAAGGUCAGUUUAUGCAAAUAGAACUGAGUCUGGUUAACCAUUAAUGUGUCAGGAGUGAAUGGGAAUGUUUUUAGUAACAAAGUACAACAUUAUUAUAUUUUACUCGUUUUGCUGUCAUUAUAAUUCGAUUAAUAAUAGGCUAUUGCCUAAUACAGUGCAAAAAUGUAAUGACAACCAAAUCCAGAAGAAAAAAAAUACUACAUUUUUGGGGGGGAUUUCCCAUUCAUUUUGAUAAAAUAUUGGUGUGAGAAAUUUAUAAACUACUCAUUCUGAAUCUUAAUAUAAGAUGUUGCAUUUUUAUAUUCCUGAGAGUUGUUACACAAUAGAUUAUAUUGUCUCUGUAAUCACUGAUGGCAUGUGAUCCUAGCACCCUAUUAAAUGCAGCAUUAGGCCUGCCUAUAUGUCAGGUGGCUUGGUAUAGGAUUUUGGAUAUUGAAUUGGUAAUCCUUUACAUCAGUAUUUUUGAUCGCCAGUAUUUUUGAUCGCCUUAGUGCUUACAGGGGAGCUCAGAGGGUAAAUGUAUCAUGUUUGUUGUGUUAACUUAAUUGAAGCUAAUUGAAAUUGAAUGCCAAGUUCAUAUUCAAACACAAAUAUAAGCUUAUGCCUGAAAGAAAGAAUGACUGUUAGUCAUACCUGUCUGUGUGUAGGCCUACAUUGGAAAUUACACCAUCAUAGCUGUAGUCUGUCUAACCACAGGGUGUGGUCAAUCUCAGUCUCAUAAUGUAAUCCUACAUUAGAAACCUGUAGACACUCACACACUCACUCCCUUUGCUACUUGUCAGAUAAGUCUCUACCUUAUCAAGCAGAACCAACUGUUGUGAAUCAUGUCCUAAAAAUCCUGUUAAAAGAGCACCUAUAGGCUAUAGCCUAGUCUGUCAGCAUCAACUGUGACAUCACGUGAGAUGAAAAUAGACUAAUUAGUCAAGGAUUACCUGCUGCCACUACAUUGGUAUAAAUAGAUGACUAUGUCAAAGGAACAAUACCUGGAAAGUAUCUUAGGAUGACCUUGGGUUUGCUGCUUUUGGGUCUGGAUAACGCAACAGGAACUGAGUCUGCUGCUUCCAUCGAACAGGACGUCUGUGUGCUAGUGUGGGGGGAGGGGUGGGGGUGGCAGUGACACAAGAGCGGCUUUUGCAUUGCUCUGUUAAUAUUAACAUUAUACCGGUCAAGACAACUCAUCGCAUUGUGUCUUGUGACACAUUUUCAUCAUGGACCAAAGAUUAAAAGAGAUGUUAGCUCAGUAAAAAAAGAAAGGAAAGGAACAUGGUGUAUUUUGAAAUCUUAUUAUGAAUGCAUAAUGAUCCUGUUCAAAAUGUGAACAUCUCAUGUGUUUUGUACAUGCAAGUCUUGUAGUGCUAUUACACAAAGUGGACUUAAACUGGUGUAGGUAGUACUAACUCGGGGCCCAUAACAGGUUGACCCAUUGCACUUAUACGUGUUAACGUCUUUGUUUUCUGUGUUCUGUUGGCAGCUCUGACAGGGGGGCCCAUUUCAGGGACGUACAGGCUAAAGCAGUUCCACUUCCACUGGGGCGCCAGCGACGACAGGGGUUCUGAGCACACUGUGGCCGGGACCAAGUAUGCUGCUGAGGUACUGACACUGGUCACACACACUUGGUUUGAAUCCCUUAGUUUCAACACCAAAGUUUGAAUGGUAUGCAUUAGUAGUGCAACAUACAGUAUUUGGCAAGCCAUCAAUAUGUUUUUUUUUAGUUUUUUCCAUAAAUGACUUAUAAGGGUCAGUGAACUUUCAGUUCAUGGAGUGAAAAUGUUCCCAUGACAUUCAAUGAGGAAUUUCUGCGAAUUUGUGAAUCGAAUUUCCAUGUAUUUCCUGAAUUGACUUUGGUGAAAUGGAAUUGACUUCAACCCUGCUUUUCACUAAAUCAUUAUGUAAUUCAACAAAAGCCUCAGGCAUGCAACUUCCAAAUUGGUCUAAACCCCUAAACCCCACUGUACAAAAGACCUAAGGCCUGGUGGUAAGAAAAUACUCCUUAGGGUUGCUCACUGCUUGUGUCCUAUUUCUUUAUUUUAGCUCCACCUGGUGCACUGGAACACCAAGUACCCCAGUUUUGGUGAUGCUGCUAGCCAGUCUGAUGGCCUUGCUGUUGUAGGAGUCUUCCUCCAGGUGUGUAGCAAUGGACUCAGCCAUUUUGCUGUAUACCUUCAAUUGUUUUGACUUAGUUUACUAGUUAAAGAUAAUAUAAAUAUAUUUUCAAGCGCAAUAUUUUGUUUAAAUUAACAUUAUUAUUUGCCAUUUAUGUGUGUUGAAUUUGUCUGGUUAGGUUGGAAAUGAAAAUGCCAAUCUUCAGAAGGUCCUUGAUGCUUUUGAUGCCAUUAAAGCCAAGGUAAGUCUAUCUGGAGCUAGCAUUCUAAGUGGUGCUACUGCUAGCAUGGAACCAGUCAUUCUCUGAGCCAAUCAUUGACCUGCUGAUGUGAACUUGCCGUUGCCUCCCUCUUUGUUUACAGGGCAAGCAGACCUCUUUUGAGAACUUUGACCCCACCAUCCUGCUCCCCAAGUCCCUAGACUACUGGACUUACGACGGCUCCCUGACCACACCCCCUCUGCUGGAGAGUGUCACCUGGAUUGUCUGCAAGGAGUCAAUCAGCGUCAGCCCUGCCCAGGUACGAUAGGUCACGUGAGCUCAUUGAGUAGUAAGGGGUUGAAUUUACACUCUGCAGCUACAGUAUGCUGGCUUUGUUCCAAUAGUCUGGAAUAGCGUCCUUUCUUAAUCUCUUCCUUGAUAAAAUAGUCUACUUGACAACUAAAAUGUAUUGUAGAUAAGAGGAUUUGAUAGUUGAGAGGUAUCUGACUGCUAUUUCUGCAGUCUUUUCUACUAUUUUAGAGUAAUGGGACACAUGUCCUUCCAAGAUUCCAGGUCUUUGAGGUCGUUCCCAGUUCUCCACCAAAACUGAAAAGAUUCCUACGUGCCUGUCCAGCUGGACGUUCUGUUGGCAUCCUAUUUUUCUAAAAAAAGAAAAUAAAGUAGUAUGUGGGAGGUCUGUUUAUUUCUAGUGGACUUGAAAAUUCUCCUACUUUAACCUCAACCCACACAUUUUCAUACAAGCAUAGUCAUGUUGGAAGUUCCUGUAAAAUGGCAGCCCACAUCUUCUCUAAACCCUGCCCUUGUGGCUUGACUCACUUGUGACUAUGUGAAAAUUAACACUGCCCAGUCAAAUGUUUAUUUAAUACCUUUGCCUGGGCGUCUCAAGGGUGAACAGGGAAAUGUGUACAUAGGCUUUAGAGGGGGUGCCGUACUAGGCAGAGACAUAAGAUAUGAUAUCAAAUAAAUUAUUCAUACAGUAAAUAUCAUGAAUGGUAACAGUAACACUUCAGAAGAGGGAACACUGUAUUAAGCGCUUAUCAGUAGCUAAUGACGCACUAUUAGAAGCUACUUGAAGAUUAGAAUAUUUGGGUGGAUAUUAGUCUAAUAAGAACUUACUUGUCUCCCCUUAUGUUCAAAUGUUAUUCAACCCCUGAGGUUGAUAAAUAAGAUAGACUUGUUUCAGGGGUUGAAAGUAGUCUUGUGUGCACUAUGUACUUUACAGUAUGUCCAAUGGCUGUAGCCAUGAACUUGUGACCUCUUACUAAUUUAUUGGCCAAAAUUAAUGGCAAAUCUCUUAGAUGGGUCAUUUGACUGUACCUCAAUCUCUUUGUCAGACUUAAGCAUCAACAGAAAGACACUAAGCUUAGUUCCAUGAAUCACUAUUUAGGAAAAUCAUUUAAAUAGAGAAGUCCCACACAACCUUUGAUUUACUUGAUGAAGGCUACAAACUGUAUGACUGGAGAUGUAUUGGAGUGAGUGAUAGGGACAGGAGGUAAGGAGUAUAACUCUAUCUCCUCUCUCUCCUUUCUCCUCUGACAGAUGGGCAAAUUCCGGAGCCUGCUCUUCUCCGGAGAGGGUGAAGCCGCCUGCUGCAUGGUGGACAACUACCGCCCCCCUCAGCCCCUCAAGGGCCGCGCUGUGCGUGCAUCCUUCAAAUAAAUCCCCCUGCCCCCCAAUCCCCCUUCCCCCUCUGCUUAGUGAGACACCCAGGCGUGCCUCCCCUGCAUUAAGCCUCAGAGCAUUUUAAAUUUUUUUGAAGAACAAAAUCCCUCCUUUCCUGUCGCCUCUCUUGAGCGAUAACCAUCCAGAGAAGCCCUGAUGUACACAAGACAAGCACUCCACAGUGGUGGCUAUAAUGUGACAGAUUUACCGGGAUUUUGCCUCCGGUGCCAAUGUUGUAGACAGCUACUGGGCUCUGUAGUUUUUCAUAGAUAGAGAGAUAGGAUGCGUCAACAAACAAACAAAGCUUGCGAAGAGGCUAAGAAUAUAGAAAUAUAGCUGGGAUAAUGUCAUAGAUGAUUCAGUUGGAGAAAGACAAGCAGACCUGACUAGCAGUCAGUGACAGGCCUUGGAUGGAUGAAACUGCUUCACCAUCUGUGAAUAGGGCCAGACACACACACACACACACAC